AUGGCUCUUGUGACCUGCAACUCCACUUGUCUCUCACCUUCGCAUGAUCUGCAAAGAUGGAAUAAAAUUAUAAAGGCUCAAGUGCUUAAGGGAAAUGCAGAGCAUGCAAUUCAAUCAUACAUAGACAUGCAAAGACUUGGUUUCUGUGCUGAUAACUACACAUUUCCCAUUUUGCUCAAAGCAGCAGGCAAUGCUUCUUAUUUGCGUAUUGGGGUAACCCUCCACGGCCAGACUGUUAAAACUGGUUUCUGCGACCAUCUUUUCGUCCAAACUGCUCUGCUGAAAAUGUAUUCGUCUCUCGGGCUCCUUGUUAAUGCUCGUAAAGCGUUUGAUAAAAUGCCUGUGAGAGAUGUGGUAGCCUGGAACUCCAUGUUAGAUGUGUAUGCUUCUGGUGGCCAGAUUGAUAAUGCAAUCGAAAUUUUCAAUACAAUGCCAUUGCAGGACCUCUCAUCCUUCAAUAUUAUGAUCUCAGGGUUUGCAGGCAUGGGUAGCGUAACAUCUGCCAGAAGUGUGUUUGAUGGAAUUCCUGAGAAAGACAUCGUCUCAUGGAACUCGAUGAUACUGGCAUGCAUGAACGCUGGAGAUGUGGCUGAAGCACAUACAUUGUUUGGGGCAAUGCCAGAAAGAAAUGUCAUAACUUGGAACACAAUGAUAAUGGGUUAUUUGAACAAUCAACUUCCCACCAAAGCUAUCGAUCUCUUCUACAAAAUGAAGGCUGGAAACACCAAACCUGAUUAUCUGACUGUGACUGGUGCUUUAUCUGCCUGUGCUCACUUGGGUUCACUUGAAACAGGCAUAGAGAUACACACAUAUGCCAAAAUGCUUGGGCAGGCCUCAAGUCCCCAUGUAGUAACAGCACUGAUAGAUAUGUAUGCUAAGUGUGGAAGCAUAGCGAGCUCCUUAGAGGUCUUUUAUAAGUCCAAAGUUAAGGAUAUCUACUGUUGGAAUGCCAUACUUUCAGGUAUUGCUCUUCAUGGUUUUGGUUCGGCUGCUCUGAAACUCUUCGGCCAAAUGAGAGAGAAUCGUAUAAAACCAGAUGAUAUCACCUUCAUUGCUUUGCUAAGUGCAUGCAGUCAUGCAGGGCUGGUGGAAGAAGGAUGCCAGUUGUUUGCUUGCAUGGGAAAGCAAUUUGGGAUCACUCCAAAGGCAGAGCAUUAUGGGUGCAUGGUUGAUCUUUUAAGCAAAGCCAGGUUUUUUGACUCUGCGCUGCAACUCAUUGAGACGAUGUCGUGUGAACCGGGCGAGUCGGUCUUGGGUGCCUUGCUUGGUGCUUGUGUCAUUCAUCAGGACCUUGAAAAUGGGGAGAAAGCUAUGAAGCUAAUUAUGGACAGGGCUUGUUCCUUGAGCGAUGGUGAAUAUAUGAUGUUUGCUAACUUGUAUGCAUCCUGCGGUCAAUGGGAGGAAGCACAAAGAUGGAGAAAUAUGAUGAAUGAUUCAGGCAUUGUUAAAACUGCUGGCUGCAGUGAAAUUCAGAUCAAUGGAAGGGUUCACAAGUUUUUGGCUGGAGAGAUUGGCAGAGAUUAA